AUGGCACACCUGUUCACUGAAGAGUAUAUUUUUUUGAAAUAUCACAAUCAAAUAUUAAAACGUCCUAACCCAAAUUGGCAUUUUGAUUCCAACGAGUUGAAAGCAAUUGUGAUGAUUUAUUACAAGCUUCUGCGUGGAGCUACUAAUGAUAUAAAGACCGAUUUACCCGUCACAUAUUUCCGGGAAGUUUUAUACAAGUCUUUGGGAAUGGUCGAGGAUACAUUGAUGAAGCAUAUUUACUCUGCUUUGGGUUCAAUCACGGACAGCGUACCAUUGAAGCAUUGGAUCAACACAAUGUCGCUCUUCUUGCGAGGUACGUUGGAAGAGAAAAUCAAAUAUUGCUUUGAUGUCUACGAUACUUCAGGGAAAAAUGAGAUUCGAUAUGAAGACAUGGUCACUCUUUUGCGUUCGUGUGUUUUCAAGCAUCGUGAUGAAGAAGUUGAAGAAAUUGUCAAAGAUUUUGCUGACAUCAUUCUCAAAAAGCUUGACUAUGACAAAGAUGGAAUCAUCACAUUCGCUGACUUUAAUGAAACAGUUAAAAAUGAUCCAAUGAUGUUGGAAUGUCUGGGACAAUGUCUUCCUGAUGUUACUCAUGCUAAUGCUUUUCUGACAACAUUUACAGAUAAAUUAAAUACUAGCAUAUUUUAA